AUGGGUGACUGGGGCUUCCUCGAGAAGCUGUUGGACCAGGUCCAGGAGCACUCGACCGUGGUGGGCAAGAUCUGGCUGACCGUGCUCUUCAUCUUCCGCAUCCUCAUUCUGGGCCUGGCCGGUGAGUCGGUGUGGGGAGAUGAGCAGUCUGACUUCGAGUGUAACACGGCCCAGCCAGGCUGCACCAAUGUCUGCUACGACCAGGCCUUCCCCAUCUCUCACAUCCGCUACUGGGUGCUACAGUUCCUCUUUGUCAGCACGCCCACCCUGGUCUACCUGGGCCACGUCAUAUACUUGUCCCGGCGCGAGGAGCGGCUAAGGCAGAAAGAAGGGGAGCUUCGGGCACUGCCCGCGAAGGACCCCCACGUGGAGCGGGCCCUGGCAUCCAUAGAGCGUCAGAUGGCCAAGAUCUCGGUGGCAGAGGACGGGCGCCUGCAGAUCCGAGGGGCACUCAUGGGCACCUACGUGGCCAGUGUGCUGUGUAAGAGCGUGCUGGAGGCAGGCUUCCUCUACGGCCAGUGGCGCCUCUAUGGCUGGGCGAUGGAGCCCGUGUUCGUGUGCCAGCGUGCACCCUGCCCCUACCUCGUGGACUGCUUCGUCUCUCGUCCCACAGAGAAGACCAUCUUCAUCAUCUUCAUGCUGGUGGUGGGACUCAUCUCUCUGGUGCUCAACCUGCUGGAGCUGGUGCACCUGCUGUGCCGAUGCCUCAGCCGGGGGAUGAGGGCAAAACAGAACCAAGAGGCUGCCCCAGCCCAAGGGGCCUCCUCAGACCCUUACACCGACCAGUUCUUCUACCUCCCCAUGGGCGAGGGACCUUCUUCCCCACCGUGCCCCACCUACAACGGUUUGUCAUCCAGCGAGCAGAACUGGGCCAACCUGACCACAGAGGAGCGGCUGGCUUCUUCCACUGCUCCCCUCUUUUUGGACACAGCCCCCCAGAGUGGUCGGAAACUCCCUAGCCGACCAAGCAGCUCUGCUUCCAAGAAGCAGUAUGUAUAGAAGACUGG